UGAAUAUGUCGUGGUCAACGUUGACAGAGGGAGCGCGGAGAAAAGGACGCAGACAACGUGAAACUCGGAUGAUCGUUUCCCGCUCCUGCCGACGUCGAUGCAGGCAGCAACUUUCCCUUGCAGACAUCGACACUGAUCAAGCCUGCAGUCAUGUCGGUUGGCGAUUCGCUUUCUCCGCUGAUCCAGCAAUGGCUGGACUGGGACCAGGAUCCGAAUACGCGUCAUGAAAUAGAGCAGCUUCGGGAUGCUGGCGCAGUGGACGAGCUGGAGAAACGUCUUCGAAAUCGUACGUGGAGGUGCCCCCAUGUCGCAUUUACGUCCAACGCCUAAGUUUGGCAUCGCUAGGCAUUCAAUUCGGGACAGCUGGCCUUCGUGGCCGGAUGGCAGCUGGGUUCUCUUGCAUGAACUCAUUGACUGUCAUCCAAGCCUCUCAGGGACUGGCGAAGUACAUCCGCAAUAGACAUCCCCAGAUUGCGCCGGAUGGAGUAGUCAUCGGACACGAUGCACGCCAUAAUUCUGCCAAGUUCGCUGCCCUUGCAGCCAGUGCUUUCAUUGCUGAGAGAAUCCCCGUGUGGCUUUAUGCAGACUCCUGCGUCACUCCAUCGGUUCCAUUUGGUGUGUCACAUUUACACGCCGCUGCAGGCGUGAUGGUUACUGCAAGUCAUAACCCAGCUCAAGACAAUGGCUACAAAGUCUACUUCAAAAAUGGCGCCCAGAUCAACACGCCCAUGGACAUGGAGAUUGCUCAAUCGAUUGAAGAGAACUUGGUGCCUUGGCCCGGCGCAUGGAACGAGCCUGAACCCGGCGAGUAUUUGCAUGUAGAUGUGUAUCAGAAGAUCUUGCCCCAGUAUAUGGACUCAGUUACACGGUUUGCUAAAUCCACUGUGCCAAACUGGAAACCACCAAAGCCAUUCAUAUAUACCCCCUUGCACGGAGUCGGGGGUCUUGUCUUUCCGUCCGUAUGCCGGUCCGCGGGGAUAGAAGAGUUCACAUCUGUACCCGAACAAGCAGAGCCGAAUCCUGAUUUCCCCACGGUGUCAUUCCCCAAUCCAGAAGAGACUGGAGCUUUAGAUCUCGCGAUGCGGACGGCUGACAAGGAAGGAAAGAGUUUGAUCAUUGCCAACGACCCCGAUGCGGACCGCUUCGCUGUCGCUGAGAAAGUGGAUGGCUCAUGGUUCACGCUAACUGGGAAUCAUAUUGGUAUCCUUAUCGCCUCUCAUCUCUUUGAUUCACUUGAGGUUCAAGGGAGCAACUCGCCUAUUGCCGUUCUGAGCUCAACGGUGUCUACCGGAAUGCUCGAAAAGAUGGCUUUAUCCAAGGGGUUCCAUUUCCGGGAAACUCUGACUGGCUUUAAGUGGAUGGCAAAUACUGCACAGGAACUGGAAAAUGCAGGGUUCACUGUUCCCUUCGCAUUUGAAGAGGCCCUCGGAUACAUGUUCCCGUCUGUUUGUUACGAUAAGGAUGGCAUCUCAGCAGCCAUGGUCUUCCUGGCGGCCGAAGCAAAGUGGAGGGACAAGGGCCUCACUCCUUACGGGAAGCUUCAGCAGCUGUUCAGGGAUUUUGGACAUUAUGAAACCCUGAACAGUUACUUUCGGUCCCCGAAUCCACAGACAUCGACGUCCUUGUUCCAGAAGAUCAGAAGCGGAUGUUUUAGAACGAAGGGAUCCCUGGGGGCGUUUAGGAUCUUGAGAUGGCGGGACAUGACUGAAGGCUAUGAUUCUGGAACAGCAGACAACACCCCUUCGCUACCGAUCGACAAAAGCAGUCAAAUGCUAACUUUAUGGUUGGAUCGUGAAGUACGGUUCACCUUCAGAGCGUCGGGGACAGAGCCAAAAGUCAAGCUGUACAUUGAGAGUUGCUGCGCUUCGCGUGACGAGGCAGUGUCUGCUGUCUGCGACACUUUCACGGCUGUCCUGAAGGAGUGGGUUGAGCCUUUUGCUCCAUCGAUGACGCAUAACAAACAAAUUCCGACCUCGUCGGGUCAUGUCUUUACGGUCGAGUGAAUCAUGGUUGGCCACGCCUGGAUAGAUGGAUGCAGAGUUCAACCAAGGUCGUUGGGUUAUUAAGAAAAGAAUAUGUGGAUUACUGGUUUCUGCUAGGUUAUGAUAUCAAUAUACACGAUUUCAAGCAAACAUCCGGUCUACUCAUCUCGGCUCACUGCCAGUUGUUGUUGUUUGCCAGUGCUCAGCAUGCAGAGGCGUCUGC